AAAGACCGUCCGUCCAUGCCUCAUUGUCCAGCUUCAGGAGUUCCUCAUUGUUGUGAACGCCCCCGUCCAGCACUGCUCAUGGCGCCCAAGAAGGCAAAGAAAAGGGCCGCAGAAGGAGCAAACUCCAACGUGUUCUCCAUGUUUGAACAAGCUCAGAUCCAGGAGUUUAAGGAGGCGUUCACCAUCAUGGAUCAGAACAGAGACGGCUUCAUUGACAAGAAUGACCUGAGAGACACGUUUGCAGCUUUAGGACGCCUCAAUGUGAAACAGGAAGAGAUUGAUGAAAUGCUCAAUGAAGCGUCUGGACCGAUCAAUUUCACCGUGUUCCUCACAAUGUUUGGAGAGAAACUCAAGGGUGCUGAUCCAGAGGAAACCAUCCUGAACGCCUUCAAAGUGUUUGAUCCGGAGGGGAAGGGAAUUCUCAAGAAGGAAUAUGUGACCGAGAUGCUGACCACACAGGCGGACAGAUUUUCAGCCGAGGAGAUGGAGCAAAUGUUCACCGCAUUCCCCCCUGACCCUGCGGGAAACCUGGACUACCGGAAUCUGGUCCAUGUCAUCACUCACGGAGAAGAAAAAGACCAGGAAUAAUUCACGUAGCCCUCGGCCAAUCCCAGCGCUCCCUGUGUGCUUGUCCACGCCCACUUAUUUAUGAUUGACAGGCUUGAAUCAAUAGAGAAGAGUAUGAUUGCACAACGUGUAAUAUUACUUCUUUGUUUGUAAAAUAAAUCACGUCAAAAUCCAUUUAUGCAAUUUUUUAAUAAUCCAAUAAACACUUACAGUAUAGGGGAGCUAUAUACUGUAUUUCAGUAACGAUGAAAUCUGGAGAGAAAAGUCCUAUUUAAACAAAUGUUUGUUUGGUCAAGCAGAGGUUUUGUAUGUUGCAUUUUCCAUUUUAGUUGUUUAAUGAAUCAUUUUGUGAUUCAUAACUGUUUUACUUUUUUAAUUUGACUGAAAAGCCUUUAUUAGGCUGUUUAAUGUCUACGUAGAUUUAAAGAGGCUUAGAUUUUGUUUUGGGGGUUGUGAUGAGGGAUUGAUGGGGGGACGAGUCCCCUUUCAUGUUCACAUGAAACCUACAGCUUUGGUUUAAUGGUAGCUUCCAUUGUGACAACUUACCCCAUAAAGUGUGUCAAAAUGUGCCACUAUUGGGGCAAGUUGUCACAAAAGCUUGAUGUGUGUUCAACUAGCUGUAUCAUUUUUCCUGGGCAAAAACAGUGAAAACGUUCAAAUAGCUUUAUUUAUUUUAGUCAAGACUUUAAGAUAUGUGAUCAGAAACAAAUAAAUCUACCCUGAGAAAUAUUUAAAGUGUUUCUAGCGAGUCAGUCCACUGUCGGCCAUAUUUGAAUCGCUCUCGAGAUGUUAUUUCCAGUCAUGGCAGUGCAGCUUCUACCAACUGGAAUGGGAAAAUACCAAAAUCUCCUGAACAGUAGGUCAAGAUUACGAUCAAAGAACCUAUUUCAAAUUAGCCGUAAAAUAUGUCAACACUGGGAUCAUAAAUUGUGCUCCUUUACCUCGGAUCACAACAAAAAGCGCAUUUUUUCCAGCUUGUAUAGCUAAGGCGCAUGCGCGUUCUCAUGGUGAUUGACAGGCUAUGUCUGUAUAUAAAAGGUGAUUGGCUCUUUUAGCUGUAAGGCGGGACUUCCUUUCUACCGUUGGGCGUUCCGAUAUCUCCCAUUCGUUUUAAUAGAAGUGGCCCAUCUCUGCUAAAUAUUAUGUGAUAAUAGCGCAAUAUUUUAUUUUUUAUGGGAAUGACAACGAGGCUGUUAGGGAUAGACUUACAGUCUCUUCAGUUCCACGCACGGUAUAAAGCUGUAAAAAGCCCCUAGAGCUGGUCCGCAGAACGAUCCAAAUACACUUUAAACGGCAGUAUAGCCCACUGAAGAGAAAAUGCCUCACAUCCUCGUUGUUUUUCCCGCUUAAAAUCAAAGAUGGCGCUGCUGUCAAUACGGUCUAUAACUGCAGUAAAGUUAUCCAGUGCAUUGUUGUUUUGGCUAAUAUUUGUAUGAAAUCUAAAGGCCUCUGUUUAAUUCUAUAAUCAUUUAUUUAUUAGCAAAUUACACGUGCUCCCUUUGUUUUACCCAAAUAUUAGUUAUUAAAGUAGCAUCAAAUGCCAUUCUGAACUUUUCACCUGACCGAAUUUGACAUUCUCUUGAAUAACCAAACAUAAUACAUGUAUCUAAACUGUACUGAAAGUGGCAGUCACACAAAUGGGUUCUACCAUACUGUGAUGAUGUCUAAAAUGGGAAAGGACAGUGGGCAUUUCAUUUUCCGUUUUUGACGAUUUGGGCCAUAGUGCCCCUUAAAAUGUCUGUCCUUACCAAACCUUUCAUUCGAAAGGGAGUGUAUACACAUUUUUUCAGUAUGAAUUACACAUAGUGUAUCACAAAUGUAUGCGUGGUGUGUGUGUGUGUGUGUGUGUGUGUGUGUGUGUGUGUGUGUGUGGUGGGUAUUUUGCGACCCUCACUUCAUGAUACUGAUAACAGAUGGCAGAAAUUAAAUUUUCUGCUGGGAUAAAGUCAAAGCCCUGUUAUGAAAAAACGAAUUCUAAUGUAUUAUUGUGAAAAUGUUCAUUGAUCUUUGUGUGUGUUCAUGAUAGGACACGAGAGCCACAGUUCACAAAGCCCCCUCAUGACAUUGGGGCGUUCAAGCGAUAACUUGUUUUGUUUCUCUAAAAACAGUGAUAGUGACAACAGAACACAACACAGCUGCACACAAAACAGAGAACAGAACUUACUAAACAUGUCUGAAGAGUUUGUUUUUGAAGAAUUGAUGCAGUUCUAUGCCCAGCCUUGUUUUUUUUGUUUUGUUUUUUUUGGGACUGGUGCCAGCUCACCUUGGACUGAGUUGCCCGUGCAAUGCCAAAAAUAGAAAACAAGCGAUCGAUAGAAUUUACUGUCACUCGUCACGGCUGGUUAGGACAAAAACUCUGAUUAAUAUAGAAAAUACCUUUUAUCGCAUGCCGUUUGCCGUUUGCCUCUCCGUGAUCCACAUACAACUUACCACACGCCCCAAUCCUGCCUUUCACAGACAUGAAUGAUCCCUCAAAUCAUGUGUGUUGUUGAAGAGAGAUGUGUUCUUUACUAACAAUUCACACUUACCAUUUUCACCUGAAGAACCCCAUAGACGUACACUGAAGGAGAAACUCACAUAAUUUCACAGAAAAAGUUUAUACCAUUUUGCUUGGUAUUGCUAUAAAUAAAGAAUAAAUGUAUGAUAUAAUAUUAAUUUUAGGGCUGAUU